AUUGAUGGCUAUGUGUCAGGACAGGUGAGAGGUAACAAGUUGAGAGGUCAUCGUCUAUUGAUUAAGAUUGCAGAAAUUUCGAUGCGGUUUUUGCUCCGGUCCCAGAGGCUCUAAUGAUGCCUCACCUCAGCGGUACGAACAGCGGAUGCAUGAGGGAAACCUGACCGGGAGUGAAGCUGCGCCCAGUAACGCUGCUUUGGGUUAGAUUUGUAUGCUAGCAGCUGUUAGCAACGUGCUAGCUUUUACUAUGGUCGCAACUAAGUUCUUGCAGCUAAUUUGGAUCUGACGUGACUGGCACAUCUGAAUUUAACAACGGCUGUGUGUGGAAAAAAAAAACCACAAAAGAUGGCUGUGUCAGCGCGGGGCCUCUUCUUCAUUAUGGCACUAUUUUUAGGUAGUUUCUUCGGAAGUAUUGUCAUGCUGGGUCCAGUUCUGCCGCUCAUGCUGCUAUCGCCGGCUUGGUACCGCUGGCUUACGGAUCGAAUCGUUGCUACCUGGCUCACCCUCCCUGUGUCUUUGUUGGAGUUGGUGUUUGGGGUGAAGGUGGUGAUCACAGGGGAUGGCUUCGUUCCUGGAGAGCGCAGCGUGAUCAUCAUGAAUCACCGCACCCGUCUUGACUGGAUGUUCCUCUGGUGUUGUCUGCUCAGGUACAGCUACCUUCGCCUGGAAAAGAUCUGCCUCAAGGCUGCUCUCAAGGCCUUGCCCGGCUUCGGUUGGGCAAUGCAGGUGGCCUGUUUUGUUUUCAUUCAGCGUCGCUGGGAGAUGGACAAGGCACAUUUGGAAAACAUGCUGGACUACUUCUGUGACAUCAGAGAGCCCCUGCAGCUGUUAUUGUUCCCAGAGGGGACAGACCUCACAGAGGACACGAAAGCAAAGAGUGAUGCAUUCGCUGCGCAGAAUAACCUUCCGAAAAUGGAGUAUGUGCUUCAUCCCCGCUCCACCGGAUUCACCUUCAUUGUGGACAAACUGAGAAAAGGAGACAACCUGGAUGCCGUCCAUGACAUCACAGUGGCGUACCCCAAGAACAUCCCGCAGACAGAGCGUCACCUCGUCUUAGGAGAAUUCCCUCGCGAGAUCCACUUUCACGUCCGCCGCUAUCCGGUUUCUUCGCUCCCGUCCUCGUCUGCGGAGUUGGAGUCUUGGUGUCGAGAGCGCUGGGCAGAGAAGGAGAGCCGUCUGCGCGACUUCUACUCGGGCCAGCCCCGGGGCUUCGACAGGGACGGCGUCGCGCGAGUGCCGCCUUGUAAGUCGGAGCUGCGGGUGGGUCUGAUCAAAGCGGCCUCGCUGAUGUACUGGAGCAGCUUCAUCACUUUCUGCUUUGCUGGCCUGUGGCUCUGGUCUUCCUUCAGGCUCUAUGUCCUGGUUAUGAUUGUAGUGUUCACCGUCCAGCAGAAGCUGGCUGGAGGGCUGGAGCUGAUUGAGAUGGCUUGCCAUCGAUACUGGAAGGUAAAAGCGCAGGAAAGAAAGAUGCAGUAG